GUGGGAAAGUGAAAUUCACAACAAAAAGAAGAACAAAAAAAAACAAUUAAAAUAAAUAAAAUAAAAUAAUACAUUUUGGUGUGGAUCUUACUCUAAUCUCUGAAGUUAAAUACAACGUAGUUGACUAACAAGCAAGUUAUUAACCAACAAGUUGGCUUAUCAACUUAUUUAGCAAAGAUACUAGCACUGCACUAACCUCUUUCAAUGGGAACUAUGGACUUUUACAAUUGCAAUGCUGCUGAUGACUAGCUGGUUAAAAAAAAGUUGCUCUUUCGCAGAUACCAAGCUAACUCUUAAGAAAGAUGCUUUUGAAAAUACGUCAUGCCUUACUGGAGGUGACCAAUCAUCCCAACUCCAAACAAUCAGCCAUUAUUAUCAACAAUGAGCUUAUCAUCACCUCCGGUUGCAUACUACUGCCCUAUGUACGUCCCAUCUUGCCAUUUGUUGCCGACCACACCAAUGAUAAUGUGUGUGCUAGCACCAAAAUCAUACACAAACUACAACAGUGCCGUCUGGUUAAUGCUCAAGAUGUGGACACAGAUGAGGCUCAUUUUUUAAAUACCCUUAGCUAUCAAGUGACCUUUGAUCGCAGAAAAUUGCCAGUGUCUAUAGCCGAACGGCGUCGUAAUCCCAAUAUACCUCACAUUUUGACACGCUAUGGAGCCAAACUAUUGUAUAUCUUUAGCUCCAAUGAGAUAUCACGUAAUUUGCAUAAAAUGUUGAACUCCCUAACAUUUAAUGAGUCUCAGACAAAGGAGCACAAUGAGGUGUUGAUCACAAGUUUUCUAGUGCUAACAAUGCGCCCAGACAAGACCACAGAAUCGCCGGAGAAAUUUGAAAGAUUCCUCGAACAUAUAGCCCAUUAUUUGCGUUACAUACAUACCAUACGUCCUCUAGAUGAUGUGCUGACUAUGUGUACCCCCUUUGGGCUGGAGAAUUUCUAUAAAACCAUAAAUAUUGGCAAGGUGUCCAAUGUUAUUGGUAAAAAUGGUUCAUUAUUUGUAUUAUCCAAUAACUUGCCUUUGGGCUGUGAAGGAUCGGCGGUGUUUAAUGAUAAACUACGUUUAAUAGGACUCAUCAUCAGCACCACCUUUCAGCGUAACAAUGAGAAUCUUCAAAUGACUAUGGCGGCUAAUUUUGCAUAUCUAUUGCGGGAUUUUAUGAAUCAAUUGGGCAUUAAAAUUACAUCCAUCACCAUACCCCGAGAGCCAUCGAAUUUUGCAUGGGAACGCACUAUGGUGGUAAUCGAGGCGAAUGGCAACCAGGGUACUGGAACAUUUGUAAAAGUGCAGAAUAAAAAAUUCAUCAUCACCUGUUCGCAUGUAGUAUUUCAGGUCAAUUCGAAAGUCUAUUGCCGUGGUGUUGAUGGCGAAUUCGAAGCCGAUGUUUUAUGGUGUAAUCCCAAUUAUGAUACCGCCUUCGAUGUGGCCCUACUGUCGGCACCCUCAAACAUUCCCACUCGCUAUUGUGUGCGUAUGGCACAAACGAAACCUUGCCUGGGACAAACGGUUUACAAUGCCGGUUUCCCUUAUUUUGUCAAUUUCAAUUUAAAAUAUGAUUUCAAUCCUUCAAUAUUCCAAGGACGUAUUAUCAAAUAUACGCCGGCAGCCAUAAUGUCCGAUGGCUGUGUGCAAGCUGGUCAAAGUGGAGGACCCAUGUUCGAUGAGCAUGGCAACAUUAUGGGCGUUUGUGUGUCCAAUAUUAAAAUGGAUAAGGUGGUAUAUCCGAACAUCAAUAAUGCUAUACCCAUUGUAACAAUACGAUCCAUACUGGAAAAUUAUGCUAAAACCAAUGAUGUCCUGGUCUUAAACAAUCUGGUGGCCAAUUCAGAUAUACAAAGGAUAUGGUCAUUGGCCCCACCACCUGUAAUCAGCAAACUAUAAGUAGCUGAAGAAUUUUGCACAAUUCUUAUAAUUUAUACACACAAAAAUUUAUAACCCCUGUAUUUAAUGCAAACUAUUGGGUUGCCCAAAAAGUAAUUGCGGAUUUUUUAAAAGAAAGUAAAUGCAUUUUUAAUAAAACUUAGAAUGAACUUUAA